UAAACUGUCCUGAAUCUAUUAAAAAUGAGAGAAAAUUAUUUUUCCUUAAGGUUAAAGUACAAGAAGGUUAGAAAGUUUUGAACUGUAAUAUGUAAGUCCAACUAGAGAUAUAUAUACCCAGAGCUUUUCAAGGUACGAUCAUUGUUCUCUUUCACUGUUGAGACCUAGCGGCUCAGUGCAAGUAGUUAACUUGAUAGAUAGUUUCUCUUUCUUUUCCCUUUCUUUUCCUUUCUUUGUCUCUUUGGUCGAGAUGGCUACGAUUCCGCUUGACGUUUUGGAUGGCUUUGGUCCUCUGGUGGACCGCAGGGUUAAGAGACCUCGCUCUUUCCCUGCAAACCUUCCCUUUCCUCCCUUCUCUCUGAAGGAUCCGAGGAUAGGGAAGGGUUCCUCCGAUCGAGUAGUCGAUCUGGUUCUGCCUCCCUUCUUUGAGGUGACUCCAACUUCAUCUCUUCCUGAGGAAGUUAUGAUAGUUGAGUCGUCCACAGUUGAGGCUCUUCCUGAGGAAGAGUUGUUAACUGAGGAACCUCCAAAGAAGAAGACAAGAAACCAGAAGGCGAAAGAGAGGAGGAAGCGAAAGUACCAGGAUAUCAUGUCACGUCCUGACACAGAUACCUGGAAGAUGGUCCACAUCAUGCGGAAGGGUCGUAUUGCUCACAAGAGAGCCGAUCGUAUGACCGUGAAAGCUGGUUGGUUUAAUGUCCAAGCUCUCACGGCUCCUGAUCCUGCUCCUUAUCAGGCUAAGACCCUGGACCUCCGUUGGAGAAUCGAUGAGCUAAAAGCUCAAUCAGAAAGCUUUUAUAAAAAGGCCAAAUGUUAAUUUUUAUUAAAGAUUAAAAAACAACAAAAAAAACAAUCAAAAAGCAGAAAGCAUAACUAAUCAUAAGAAAAAAAAGCUUCUUUGGUCAAUCCCUCCAUUCUUAUGUCGAUUUUACAUUAACCUUAUUCUUGUCUUAUACUUACAGGUCUUUACGUGUCCAUGUUGUUCCAUCUCUGAGGAUGAUCUUGGGUCUUACUUGUGUCAUUCCUGUAACUGUGUAACACUUCCCUGUAAGAUGUGGGAAGUGUUCGCUACACCACCAGAGGUGAAUACAAAUAAGAGAAAAAGAACUGACAGUUCAUCGUCAUGUUCCUCUUGUUCCUCUUGUUCGUCAUGUUCUUCAGCGUGUGGUGAGUCUUGCGAAACAUGCAAGUCUCUCAACAGUGAGACCCAAGCCAGUGAUGGUAUA